CCUGUAGACGUGUUCGUAUAGCUGGCUACGUAUAUAUAAUGUCUUGCUAAUGUUAUGCAAUACUUUGUUUUUGGGAUUAUUUCAUAGUCCUACUUGAAUGUGUUAGUGCUUUGUGAACGUGAAGGAGAUCUUCUGGUCCGAUAUUGAAGCACUUGCAUUUUUUCGCUUUGUACUCAACUAGUAGGUAGUACUAUCAGUCUAAGUUGUAGUUGUUUUUUCACGGCCUCCUGCAUACUACAGAAUUUGAAUUUCGAUUUUCUGUAUUCUUUGAUACCUAACUAUUUUACUUAAGCGAAAAUGGGUGGCAGCAAGAAGAAAGUCGGAAAGGAGCGGUUGGAUAAGUACUACCAACUCGCUAAGGAUCAGGGCUAUCGUGCCCGUUCCGCCUUUAAGCUUGUCCAAUUGGCGAAGAAAGUCGACUUCCUCUCUGAAGCGAGAGUAUGCAUCGAUUUGUGUGGUGCGCCAGGUGGUUGGUCGCAGGUGGCGGCGAAAAACAUGCCUCGUGGUUCCAAAGUCAUCUGCGUAGAUUUGUGCCCGAUCAAGCCGAUUCCCGGAGUUGUUGGCAUCACGUGCGAUAUCACCACACCAAAAUGCCGACAGCUGCUGCGAAAAGAACUCGAUGGAAGGUGAUCUUAACUUAUACGACAGUUUCAGUUGAAGUUGUUGUUAACAGGUUAUAAUUGUAGAGUAGUUUAUAGAACGGAUGUAGGAUGGACUUGGAUGGAUCGGAUGGAUCGGAUGGACCCCCCUGAUUCUUCCGGUCCUACUUGAAAUGGUGGGAAGUCCAUCCGUUCCAUCCGAUCCAUCCGAUCCAUCCGAUCCAUCCCAUCCCGGAUCUGGCACCCCUAUAAACUGCUCUAUAAUUGUUUCCUGAAUACAUUCUUGCGUAUUUUUUCUUGCUGCAGCUUUAUACAACACCCGUGAUCUUUACCUGUUCCUUCGUACCUACAAAACAAAGCAAGAAUUGUCAUUGAAAUGAAACACCUGCACGACCACAAAAACUAAAGCAGGCCCGUCGACGUGGUUUUGAACGAUGGCGCUCCGAACGUCGGUUCCUCGUGGGUGCUGGACGCCUACGUCCAGAACGAGUUGGUGCUGCACGCGCUGAAGCUUGCUGGCGACAUGCUUCGGCCUGGCGGAACCUUUGUCACGAAGGUCUUUCGUUCUCAAGAUUACACCUCGCUUUUGUGGGUCUUCGAGCAACUGUUUCAAAAGGUGGAAGCCACUAAACCCCAAGCAUCGCGAAAUGUUUCCGCCGAAAUUUUCGUCAUGUGCCACGGGUUCAAAAGUAUCAAACCAGAUCCGAAAUUCUUUGACCCGAAGUGGGUCUUUAUGGAAGCGGUUGACGAGGAAAAGAAACAGAACACUUCCGGUGCAAGUCUCGUAGACUUGCUCAAAUAUCAGACGAAAAAACACAGAGGUAUUUAUUUUUCUACUACUAAUCUUCAACAUCUUCAACAACUCCCUACAUAAUUCGCCGCUCUUGUACCUACAGUUACAACUUAGGUAUUCUUAUCUCUUUCUAGCAAAUCAAUUUUCAUCAUUACGUCUUAUACUUUUACUUUUACUACGUACUGGAAGUGGAAAUAAAUUUAUUGUCAAGCAGAAUCAUAAUGAACCUUUCCUCCACGAUUUCUCCCAGGUGGUUACGAGAAGGGUGACGACAUGCGGACGACACCUGUGAUGGAAUUCUUGAAGUCGACGUUGCCAGCCCAAAUCCUUACCACCCAUCACCGUCUGACAUUCGAAAAAGCUUCAGACACGUUCGAAAUGAAUGAAGAACUUCGGGAGUACUGCGGUGAUUUGAAGGUUCUCGGAAAAAGUGAGCUCUCAAAACUGCUGAAGUGGCGAAUUCUGGCGCGUAGAAAAUACGAAAAAGAACGCAAAGAACUGGUGGGCGAUCGCGAUGGCACUGAGAAAGGGGCUGAGAAAGGAGAGGAAGAUGAGAAAAUGGUACUUCUUCAACUUCGUUUUUGAUUAUGCUGAUUUUGUUCACUCUUCGCUCGUACGUUUUUUGAUGCACCACUUUAUUCGGUGAAUUCAGCGUAGUGAUUUUCAUCUUACUUGUCCUACUUCUUGCUUCUUUCAAUCGUAUUAUUCGUUACAAGUCACAACACAAUUCUACUCUAAUUCGCUACAUCAACGAACAGGACCCCGCCGAGAAGGCUGCCAAAGCGGCAGACGCUAAGGAUGACGCUGCUGACGCCGAGUUGUCAUCUAUGAUUAGCGAUAUGAAGCGGGAUGAGCGACGCGAAGCUAAGAAACUGCGUGAGCAAAAAAAGAAAUUCGAGUGGCGCAAAAAAAUGUCCAUGGGAUUGCGCUACACGGGCAUCACGCACGACGCCGAUCUCUUUUCUUCGAGUGCAGAUAAGACUGCAUUCUCAAAAUUAGAGGAUUUCGAUGAGGGUGCAGGAGGCAGAGUCGACAGCGAUGAAGAAAUGGAAGCGCAGGAGGCAGCACAAGACGACGAUGACAGCGAGGAAGAGGAGGUACAAAAAUUUUACACCACAUCUUUGAAAAAUGCUUUUCAUGUAAAACAUUCUGCUCUUUGAAGAUUCAGAAAUUUAUCAUCUCACUCUCAUCAAGAUCAACAUGAUUAUCUUCCGUUGUCAUUCGUUCUUAUUUCAAAUUAAGUAUCUAUAUUUAUUAUUAUUAUUAUCACCAGGAUGGCGACGAAGUCGAGGACCCCGAAUUGGCGGAACUGAAUCGCCUUGCCGACCUCGAAGCAGAGCAGAUCAUGAGUCAACGCGAGAUGCGAAGCAAGUUGUCGCAGGCUCAGCAGGGUCGCGAACUGAAAAAGAAAAAGGAGACCCGAAGGCAAGUAAAGUACAAGGAAUGGGGCCAAGAGAUGGACCGCUUUAAUCAUGAGUUAGACGAGGAGGCUGCCAAAACGCACCAAGCAGAUGCGCAUUUGGAAAGCGACUCUGGAUCGGAUGAUGAUAGCGAUGACGAUGACGCUGAUAUGGCUGAAGGCGAAGACGAGAUGGACAAGAAGAAGAGACAGAUAAAGAAAGCUAGUAUCAACAACAGCAGCAUGACAGGGAAAAUAAAAGCCAAUCUAGGUGGUGAUGAGGGUGACGCGGCGCUCCUUAGUGGCGACGACAGCGAUAGCGAAAACGUUAACAAGGAUACUAACAUGAAGGAGAAUCAAGAUUCCGAGGAUGAUGAGGAAGCGGCAACCACACGCGCUGGGACGGAUGAAGACGAAUCUGAUGACGAAGCUGAAGAAGAGGGUGAGAAAGUUGACGCAAAGUCUGCCGUUAGAGCAGAGCGAUGGUUCUCUCAAGACCUCUUCAGUUCUCUGCAGAGCAGACUUCAAUCAGGCGCCUCAACAUCCUCAAAGAGUGGCGCAGCUACCUCAUUAUCUUCCUCAUCCUCUAAGGCCAUGAAAAAAGCACCAGCAACCUCUUCACUGGAACUUCAAGAAGGUACUAACUCAAGUGACGAAGAUAGCGAGAACGAACAGUCUAUCGAUGUUCUCGAUGACAAGGAUCUCCCGCACAUUCCCCUGUGUGACAAGAAGAAGCGUCAGAUGCGAAGACGCAAAGAAAAGGAACGCGAAGCCAGAAAAGAGGCGGCCGCUAAGGGCAAGGCCGUUGCAAAGGACUUGGUUGGCGGAGACGACGAGGAGGACGCGCAAAAAGCGCGUAUUCUAGAUGACGGAACGCCUUUCGAUAUCGUUGAGCGCGGUUUCGAUGAAGAGAUGGACCAAAUUCUGCUACCAGGCCAAGAAUCACAGCGAGGAAAGGACAACAGGCCAGAUCAUUUGAAGGUACUUAGACGCAGAGCAGUUUAUAGCACGCAUGGUGCAUGGAGUAGCAUGGAGUGCAUGUGGCGCAGAUCUCUAAGGGACGCAAGAAGCGCCCCCUUUAGCUCCAUGCAGUUCCAUGCGAUCCAUGCACUCCAUGCCAUGCGAGCUGGCGAACCUUAUAAAUUUCUCUGUUAUAGAGGAUGCGCCUUCUACUCGCAACGUUUUUAUAGUUUCACCAUGUUUUGAAGAAGGAAAUGCUUGAACCAGAUGAACCAGACAGAACGAAGAUGCUGGAUAAAUGAUAAUUUUUUGUGAAUCAGUUAGCAUUAUGCAAUUCCAAAAUUCAACAAAUAAUACAGCCACCGGGUGACAAGCAGGAGCUCGCUGCAGUCCAAGCGUUAGGUUCCAUGAUGAUCCGCAAAAAGUCUAGAAUGGCUUUGCUAGACAGUGCCUACAACAGAUAUGCCUGGGACGACGAUGGUUUGGACCUACCCGAGUGGUUCACGGAGGAAGAGAGCAAGUACAACAAACCCGAGCUGCCGGUGACCAAGGAGUUGAUGGAUCAGUACAGGGCAAAGUUGAAGGAGAUCAACCAACGGCCCAUCCGUAAAGUUGCCGAGGCUAACGCGCGCAACAAGAAGCGACUCCAGCAACGUAUGGACAAGGUGCGAAAGCAAGCCAAAAUGCUAGCAGCCGACAGCGAAAUGAGUGCAGGUGCAAAGGCACGCAACAUGGAAAAGAUGAUAAGAAAAGCGCAAAAGGAAGGCAGCAAGAAGCAGGCCUACAUGGCGAUCCGUAAGGCUGGUGGCAACCGCAACGUGACGAAGGGCAAAGCCACUGCCGGUGCGAAGGCAAAGGUGGUCGAUAAACGACUGAAGGCCGAUAAGCGUGGCCUGAAAAAGGCAGAAAAGAACGCGAAAAAGGGAAAGCACAAGGGAAACCGUGCACGAAAAAGCGGCGGGGGAAAAAGUGGUGGCGUCAAGAAGAAAGGAGGCAAAAAGGGCGGCGGUGGCGGAAAAAAAGGUGGGAAGAAGUAG